AGAGCAGAAGGGACCCUGAUGUACUGCUGAUGGGCGCGUCUCUCCUGUUUUGCAAGCAUCCCCCUUUGAUAUUUUGGUGGUGGCUGGGAGAGGGCUUUACCCUGUGGGCAUCUGAAUUCCUUAUCCCACUGCCCUGCCUCAUGAGCUCAGCCUUAUGACACCCAGAUGGCAUCCCAGAGCCCCGGUGUCAGCAAAUGUAGGCACAGUGGCCCUGGGGUCCCGGCUGGUGUUAUGGGGCCACGAGGUUCAGGUCUGUGCUGGGUGGCCUCGCUCCUCACCCCCUCCCUCAUCACACUACAGGUUGCCGGUCGCCAGGUCUGCCCAUGGCGCCACGGUAUACAGUGACAAGCUGUGGAUCUUUGCUGGCUAUGAUGGCAAUGCCAGGUUGAAUGACAUGUGGACCAUUGGCCUCCAGGACCGGGAGCUCACAUGCUGGGAGGAGGUAGCGCAGAGCGGUGAGAUCCCGCCAUCCUGCUGCAACUUCCCAGUGGCCGUGUGCCGGGACAAGAUGUUUGUGUUCUCAGGGCAGAGCGGAGCCAAGAUAACCAACAACCUCUUCCAGUUUGAAUUUAAGGACAAGACGUGGACACGCAUCCCCACCGAGCACCUACUCCGUGGCUCCCCACCACCCCCGCAGCGGCGCUAUGGGCACACCAUGGUGGCCUUUGACCGCCACCUCUACGUGUUUGGGGGUGCGGCAGACAACACACUGCCCAAUGAGCUGCACUGCUAUGAUGUGGACUUCCAGACCUGGGAGGUUGUCCAGCCCAGCUCAGACAGUGAGGUCGGUGGGGCUGAGGUGCCAGAGCGAGCAUCUGCUUCUGAGGAGGCGCCUGCCCUGGCCUCUGAGGAGCGGGGUGGCUUCAAGAAGUCCCGAGAUGUGUUUGGCCUGGACUUUGGCACCACCACAGCCAAGCCGCCUGCCCCGCCGGCCUCAGAGCUGCCAAGCGGAAGGCUCUUCCACGCAGCUGCUGUGAUCUCGGACGCCAUGUACAUCUUCGGGGGCACCGUGGACAACAACAUCCGCAGUGGGGAGAUGUACAGGUUCCAGUUCUCUUGUUACCCCAAGUGCACACUGCAUGAGGACUACGGGAGGCUGUGGGAGAGCCGCCAGUUCUGCGACGUGGAGUUUGUGUUGGGCGAGAAGGAGGAGUGUGUGCAGGGCCAUGUGGCCAUUGUCACCGCUCGGAGCCGCUGGCUCCGUAGGAAGAUCAUGCAGGCGCGGGAACGGCUAGCCCAGAAGCUGGAGGAGGAGGCAGCCCCCGCUUCCAGGGAGGACCCUGGUGCAGCAGGGGCCCGGCCACCCCUGCUGCACGUGGCCAUCCGCGAGGCCGAGGCCCGGCCCUUUGAAGUGCUCAUGCAGUUCCUCUACACGGACAAGAUCAAGUACCCACGGAAAGGUGCGCUGGGGGUGGGAACAGGGUGGACAGGCGCACAGCCUGAGGCCCGGCGGCCACCACCACUCAUGUCCACUGGUACGGUUGAGUUGCCUGAUGACCCAGACCCACACUCCUCUGAAAGAAGCCCUGGACCCUGUCCUCCCCUCCACCCUGCCCCGCACCUUCUCCCUCUCUCCAUGACUCUGAGGUUCAGGGAGCUCUUGGAUGCAGGCCACGUGGAGGAUGUGCUGCUCAUCAUGGAUGUCUACAAGUUGGCACUGAGCUUCCAGUUGUGCCGCCUGGAGCAGCUGUGCCGACAGUACAUUGAGGCCUCCGUGGACUUGCAGAAUGUGCUGGUUGUGUGUGAGAGUGCCACCAGGCUGCAGCUGGGCCAGCUGAAGGAGCAUUGCCUGAACUUCGUGGUGAAGGAGUCCCACUUCAAUCAGGUGAUCAUGAUGAAGGAGUUUGAACGUCUCUCUUCCCCACUGAUCGUGGAGAUUGUGCGGCGGAAGCAGCAGCCACCUCCCCGUGCUCCCUCAGAGCAGCCCGUGGACAUUGGCACAUCUCUGAUCCAGGACAUGAAGGCAUACCUGGAGGGGGCAGGUGCAGAGUUCUGUGACAUCACUCUGCUGCUGGAUGGGCACCCAAGACCGGCCCACAAGGCCAUCCUGGCCGCUCGCUCCAGCUACUUUGAGGCCAUGUUCCGGUCCUUCAUGCCCGAGGACGGGCAGGUGAACAUCUCCAUCGGGGAGAUGGUGCCCAGCAGGCAGGCCUUUGAGUCCAUGCUGCGCUACAUCUACUACGGCGAGGUCAACAUGCCGCCCGAGGACUCUCUCUACCUGUUUGCGGCUCCCUACUAUUACGGUUUCUACAACAACCGGCUGCAGGCGUACUGCAAGCAGAACCUGGAGAUGAACGUGACAGUACAGAAUGUACUGCAGAUCCUGGAGGCAGCUGACAAGACGCAAGCACUGGACAUGAAGCGGCACUGCCUGCACAUCAUCGUGCACCAGUUCACCAAGGUGUCCAAGCUGCCCACACUGCGCUCGCUGAGCCAACAGCUGCUGCUUGACAUCAUAGACUCCCUGGCCUCCCACAUCUCUGACAAGCAGUGCGCAGAGCUAGGAGCUGACAUAUGAGACCCCAUGUGGUGCUGGCCCACUCGAGAAGAAUAACCAUGCCUGUUCCUGCCCUGCCCACUGCAGACUAUGCUGGCCACGCUCAGGCCUCAGGUGGAGUGGUUGGACCUGCCAGCCGAGGGGCAGGGUGCCCAGAGUCUCCGGAGGGAAAGAGGACAUGGGGGGCUCUGGAUGCCCCAUUUCACUGCUAAGGACAACUCCCACAGGGAGUGAUGGUAAAACAGACCCCCUGGGUGGCACCCUCUCCUCAGUUGGAGGUGUGGGUGGGAAGCCAGGGCCCAGCAGUGGGGAGAGCCCACUGUGGAGCUGGUUUGAGGCUGCCCAUCCAGCAGGGACUGUGUAUGGCUUGUGGGUCUGGCCACUGGAUCCUAUUGCCCCGAGACCCCUCUGAUGUGGGCUACAUAGUACCCCCUCACCUUCACUGAGGUUGCUCUAAGGGCCCCUACUGUCAUCCAGAGCUUGGGGGUGGACAAUAGUAACGGGCAGAUGAAAUCUGACUCAGGAUGAAUUUUGUGAAGGGCCCUGAUGCCGAACUGGGCCUUAGCUUCCAGAGGGGCUGCAGGAUCCCACUCCACUGUGUGCACAUCAGGAGUCCCCAGUUGUGCCAGGGAGACGUCAGUGAAAGUGCCCCCCCCCCCCCCCCCAGGUCCCCAUCUGUCCCUAAGUAUUUAUUCUUUGUCAUAGACAUGCCAUUAAGACCACAGUAGUGCUACCUAUUACACCUCAUGGGUACAGGCCCCACGGGUGGACUCUGGCCCUCAGCUGUCCCUGAGCUGGGGAUGGAUCAUGUGGCCCAAGUGCUUGAGACUGGCCAAUCCCAUCCCGUCUUCUAUCUGUGUCAGCAACUCCCAGCCACAUCUAGGGGAUACCCAGGGAUAUGGGGUGGGGAGGGGAGAGGGGUUGUGGCAGAAAUCCUGAAGUCCCAAGGCCGCCUUGCUCCUGCCUAGGCUGGGAAGCUAAAGGAUUGGGCACCAUGUCCUUUCCUGCCCCCCAACAGAAGGCCCUGUGUGAGUCCACCCUAAUACAACAGGCACUUCUGCCUCCUCUCUGGGAACAAGAACCCCAGGGAUCCUUCUGCCCUGGCUGCCAAGAAGCCACGUUAGGGGGAAACAGUCCCCCUUGUCUCCUCCCUCCAGUUGCAUCCCCAUGCAAUGGCACUUGCCACUCCUUGGCCCUUGCUGAAGAGCCCCAGAUGGUGCCAUGUAGUUGGACAGGGAGCCCUGGUCCCAGGUGGGCAUCCUUAGGCAGGAGGAGUCCAUCCAUAAGGCUGCCGGCAAGCUAGGAAAUGGCCUGGCACAAGAUGAGCCUUGGUGAACUGCAAACCCUGCUCUACAGUGGACCCUUGUAACUGGUCGUUUGACUUUUUCUUCCAGACAUGAUAUGAAUAAAUGAAGUUACACACCAA